CAUGGAGUCAGUUCAACUCUCGUAACCUGACCGUGAGGAGCAUCGAGCUGCGCGCUGACUACCCGCCCUGUGUGCCGAUUCCAGUGUGUUGUUACCGUGAGUUGUUGCAGCAAUGGACUCUAAGAGACACCCACCUAGACCUGUCAACCUCGAGGAGGCUGACGACGGUGUUGUAGAAUUCUCUCCUCUCAACCAAGACGAAGAUGAAGGUACUGUGACAAUCGAAGUGCCCGUGACGGAAGAACGUGCAGCAUGGGGCUCUAAGAUGCAGUUUAUGCUGUCUUGCAUCUCCCUUUCCGUCGGACUGGGCAACGUCUGGCGCUUCCCCUACCUCGUGCAGCAAGACGGAGGAGGUGCCUUCCUGAUCCCGUACCUGAUUAUGAUGGUGCUGGAGGGGGCGCCGCUCUUCCUGUUGGAGCUGGGCAUCGGGCAGCGGCUGCGUCAGGGGUCCCUCGGCGUGUGGACUCACAUCUCUCCCUGGUGGACCGGCCUGGGCGUCGCCUCCACCAUCGUCUCAUACCUCGUGGGGCUCUACUAUAAUGUUAUCAUUGCAUGGUGCUUCUAUUAUCUGUUCAACUCGUUUAAGACACCGCUGCCCUUCGGAACGUGUCCCAACGAGACAAACGUGGAACUGAAUUUAACACUCCCGGUCGAAGAAUGCGAAAUGUCGAGUGAAACUGCCUACUUCUGGUACAGACAGACUAUCGACGCAUCUCCUUCGAUUGACGAAACGGGUGGCAUCAAAUGGUGGAUGGCCCUCUGCCUGACCCUGUCGUGGAUUUUGGUCUGGGUUUGCAUCAUGAAGGGAAUCCAGUCUUCAGGCAAGGUCGUGUACUUCACUGCGCUCUUCCCCUACUGCAUUCUCAUCAUUUUCUUCGGACGCGCCGUGACGCUGAAGGGAGCAGGCGAAGGCCUCAAGCACAUGUUCACACCAGAUAUGAGUAAAUUGCUGAACCCGACGGUGUGGAUGGACGCCGCCUGCCAAGUCUUCUAUUCCCUCGGGUUGGCCUUCGGGUCCCUCAUAGCCUUCGCCUCCUACAACCCCAUGAAAAAUAACUGCAAGAGAGACGCCCUUUUCAUGUGUACCAUCACGGUUUUCACGGCCACCUUUGCCACCAUCGAUAUCUUCGCUGUCCUCGGCUUCAAGGCGGUGGCUAAUUAUGAGAAAUGUAUUGAGUACAACAUUAUGAAGCUGGGGAGCAUUGCCCAACAUCUACCUGAACACACUCAAAAGAUCAAUGUAACGAUUGAGAACUACGAGGAAACGUGGAAAACUGUCCUCGGUUCGAUUCAAGAUUAUUAUGAACAGAAGACACAUCAUCACAUCAAGAAUUGCAGUGUUGCUGAUGAAUUGAAUCAGGCUGCCGAGGGAACUGGUCUUGCAUUUAUCGUCUUUACCCAAGCCAUUGUGGAAUUACCCGGGAGCAACUUCUGGUCUGUGUGCUUCUUCAUGAUGUUGCUGGCACUGGGUCUUGGCUCGCAGUUUGGCACCAUGGAGGGCGUCAUCACCAACUUGUUCGACAUGAAAGUGUUUGCGAGAAUACGUAAAGAAAUUGUUACAGGAUGUGUAUGCUUAUCAGCACUACUGAUUGGUCUGAUCUUCUGCACGGGAGCUGGAGAAUACUGGGUUGGAAUGUUUGACACCUUCGCUGGCUCGAUGGGUCUUAUUGUGAUUGCAUUCUUCGAGACGAUUGUCAUAUCUUAUGUGUAUGGCCACAAAAAAUUCAGCGACGAUAUUGAGAAAAUGAUCGGUGAACGGCCUGGCAUCUACUGGCAAGCUAUGUGGCGUUUCAUCUCCCCUCUCACCAUCUUCUCCAUUGUCGUGGCAUCUGUCUACUACAGAGUCACCCAUCCUCCUGACUACCCAGCUUGGAAGGCUGAGAUGGGUAAUGCAGUCAAGGAAGCAUACCCAGGCUGGGCCAUGUUUGUAUGCCUCAUGCUGCUGAUGGGUGGAUUCUUGCCUAUCCCUAUCGUGUACUUCAUGCGUCGCUUCCAAUGCACGCGAUUCGACCACGACAUCCAGACAGCUUCCAUCAAGAGAGUCGAGACCACAAUGUCGACGCAGGGCAUGAUCAAGAGCGAGGAGCCAAUGCCACGAAGUGACACUUCAGAUAGCGAGUGGACACGACUCUUCAUUGAUAGGGUAGACUCUUCGGACAACCUUGAUGACAAUCUCUAAACAGAGAGGUUGAGCUUGAAGAAUAUCAUGAUUCUCCCGCGGGUGAAGAUGACGACGACGAUGGUGGUCUCACAGUGCAAGGCGGGAAGUUCCGAAUGGAGGUCAUAGAUUAACGCUCUAGUUUAGUAGAAUGUGAUGGUUUAUUUUGCAUAUAUGCUCCAAGCAUAAUUUUACCUAUGAGGGAACUACAGGAACACAGCAUGCAGUGUUAGUAUUAAAAUAAGAAUAUAAAAAAAAAAAAAAUAAAAUGAAAGAAAGAAAAAAAUAGGAAAAACGUAAAGGAAAAAAAAAAGAAUGGAGGAUUCUGUUGACUAAUUCUGCUUUAUAGAAAGCAAAUAUGCCAAGCUUUGAAUGAUGUGUGCCAAAUGAAACUGGUUUAACAGUUCUGUGUACAGUUUUAGGGGUCUCCGUCUAGCAAUUUCCCAGUCACUGCAUGUAUCAUUUUCAGUCUGCAGUAUUUCUCACCUAUUUAGUGAUAAUAAUUUUAGUUACCACUUUCAGUUUUGAGGUUCUGUUAAAAUGCAGUCACAAUAUCAUGUGAACUUACUUUUGAUAGUGUUUAUUUUAAAUCUGUUCAGAUAAAGAACACAUGGGCUCAAGUGCAUAUAUAUAUAUAUAUAUAUAUAUAUAUAUAUAUAUAUAUAUAUAUAUAUAUAUAUAUAUAUGUAUCUGUAUAUAUAUAGACACACAUACACACACACACACACACACACACACACACACACACACACACACACACACACACACACACACACACACACACACACACACACACACACACAUACACACACACACACACAUACAAAUACAGGCAUGCACACUCACAUGCACACACACACUUGCAUGCACUUGCACACAUGUGCACACAUACUCGCACACACACACACACACACACACACACACACACACACACACACACACACACACACACACACACACACACACACACACACACACACACA